AUUGGUCUGUUUCACAUGUCUGCUGAUGUACCCGGUAUAGAUGUUUGAUAAUCUCCUGACAAAAACUCUCAUCACGUCCCCGCUCUAUUUUCGCAAUUCGUUGUUUUUGUUUUGUUUGCUUUGUUGUCUCUCUGGGCUGUCUAUUAUACCGCUGAGCUAUUAGGAAAAGAAAGAAAAAUCUAUCUAAUCUGGCUAGCCUAAUAACCGUGGCAACAGCAGCUAACAGGAGCUAGAUUUUAGCUUGUUCCUUGUUAUUUUGCUACUCUAACGUAAGAAUGGGAGAGGACAUACACGAUAAUACGGGCAGCGGAUCCGCUAACGCCAAUAACGAGAAAAAUGGAGAAACUGCCGAGGGGGGAGUAAAAUAUUACACGUUAGAGGACAUCCGAGUGCAUAAUAUGAUCAAUGACACAUGGCUAAUCAUCCACGAUAAGAUAUACGACAUCACAAGUUUCCUCGAAGAGCAUCCAGGAGGUGAGGAGGUUUUGCUGGAGCAGGCAGGUGCAGAUGCCACUGAGAGCUUCGAGGAUGUAGGUCAUUCUACAGAUGCCCGGGAGAUGCUUCAGCAGUACUAUAUUGGAGAGCUUCACAUGGAUGACAGAAAGGAGGAAACAAAGGAUGCAGAGACUAAAAAUGCUGGAGAGUCCAGUAGCUCCUGGGCCAUGUGGUUGAUCCCCACCGUUGCUGCCGCUGCCGUUGGUGUCCUGUAUCGUUUCUUUAUGUUUGAACACAAGUCUUCUUGAGAGCUUUGUUUCGUUCUUUUCAUCUGGAGGCCUUGAUUUUCACUUUUGUUUUCUGACCAAACCAUCUCAUGCUGAACAAACACAAUUGGGAGCAUUGGCUGCUGCAAGAAGAGAGAAGGCCGUCUGAUAAAAGUCUACAUCCUUGUCUGGCUACACAGGGUGCAUGUAACAGAAAGUAAAAAAAAGAUUUAUUAAAAGUUCUGCCUUCUCUUCUUUUAAUGCAACUAUGAUGUCUGUCAUUAAUGAAAAAAAUUCCCCAAACUGAACCUUGAAAAUAUACAUUUUCACUCAACUAAUUUGGCACUUAAGCAAAAUAAUUAUAUAUUUACACAGAUAUUAAAACAGCGAAAACAUGUACAUCCUGAACAACAUGACCGUGUAAAGAAGGGCAGCCUGAUACCAAGCCGAUGAAAAGCAGACAUACGUUUUAGUGUUCUGGAUAAUAACUGCUAUGUUGUCCAGUGCUGUUCCAUACAAUGAGAAAUGUUACCAAAUCUCAUUUAAAAUGAGCUCAUGUCCUUCUUUCCUGUGUCCAGUUAUGUCGUUAAAGCCAUUUCUGAUAGCAUCGGUCACUUUUCUUGAAAAUGCAAUCUGUCAUAUAUAUAUAUAUAUAUAUAUAUAUAUAUAUAUAUAUAUAUAUAUAUAUAUAUAUAUAUAUAUAUAUAUAUAUAUAUAUAUAUAUAUAUAUAUAUAUGACAUAUUAAAUCUUGUUGUUUAUUCCAUAUUUUUUAAAUCAUGGUGAAUUAUGAAUAUGUGAUUAUUUAAAAGCGAAUGUGCUUAGACUUGUCUCGUUAUAUAAAAUCAUUGAAUAAUAAUGUUUUAGUAUGCUGAUAUAAUGAGUUAUAGAGAAUACACGAGACGCCUCCCUUGAAAUAUGUGUGCGUUUGUUGAGUUUAUUCAGCAUUAUGCUGUUUAACUGAUGUGGUUUUAUUUCUGUCAUUGUAAUCUACGUUCUAAACAGGGUUAGUGGUACAGACUCCAUAGGGACUGAAAACCUAACCGUUUAAAUUUAGCUUGUUUCAUAUGUUGUUUGGAAACUUGGGAACUUGCUCACAACAUUAGAACCAUAAAUGUGGGUCUUGCAGCCUACAGUUGUUUACCAUACAUCUUAAUCAUGUUUUUCAGGCCAAAAGUUCUACAUAGCAUUUAAUUGUUCUAGGAAUCUGUCACAUUUAAUUUUUUUUAAUUACAAUAACUUCUAUCAGGAUUGUGGUACUACUUGUCUGAUACAUCUCAAAAAAGAACCUCUAACAUAUUUUUCUCCAUAAUACUUGCAGAUGUCCAACGAAAGUUUGUCAAGUUAAGAAAGAUACAUUUUUGGUAUUACUGCACUCUGUCAUUACCAAACAUUCUAGCUCUGUCUGAACUGAAUAGCAGCUUCUUUAAUCAUUCAAAUAUGAAAACAAAUGUAUCUAGAAAUGGUAUGAUGUGAUUAAAGACGUUUUCACAAAAGGUUUAA